GCCAUUUCAUUUGCUCCGUUCCGGCCAUUUAUUAUGAGCUGCCCCUCAACAGCCUCCACUGGUGUUCAAGUAUAGACGACAGCCACAAAGAGAAUGUAAUGAAGAUGGCAGGUCAGGGCAGGAACACGGGCAUUGAGCCAGCACAAAACUGGUCCACUGGCUCCCAGACUCUCUGCCUUCAUAACAAAUGCAAGACAGUGGAGCCUAGAGUUGAAGACGGGUAGAAAACACAAACAACCCCACAAAGAAGAACGCUCCCCAAACCAUUUUUUCAUUCUUGUUUUAUCAACAAGAGGUUUUUCAUUCUACUUUCUACCGUAUUUUAAUCCAAGACACAAAUAUCUGAAAUAUAUAUCCAAAGCCACCUCCCACACACCCUAACUCCGCCCUUUGGUUUCCUUUUAUAUAGGUAGGUCUAAAGUCUGAUCUGUUGUCAGCCGCCACACCUGUUCAGACGCAGGCUAAGGAUCUACUAGCUGUGAGCUACUAAAUAGACCAUAUUACUCAUGUAUUACUAACGUCAGGGGUUAAAGGUUAUAUUCGGCACCUUCUAAGUGCGGCCCGGAAUACGUGAAGAAUUGGUGUUUCGUUGUCAAGAAUACACCGGGGAAAGGAUUACUGAUAUAUUUGUGGCUGCACACGAUCCAAGAGCACAGCUUUCAAACUGUGCAGAUAUGAGUUAAGAAAGUAAAGUUAGGACUCUUAACGGGACCUGAAUGCUGGUGUCAAGACAGGAUGAGUGACAACACUGCAUUGCCUGAGGGUGCAGAGAGCGGGAAGAAAGAACAUGUCCGCCAGUGGCUACAUAGUAGUCCCACUGUCCCACAGGAGUAUAAUGAGGACGUUGCAGGGACAAGUCUUCUCUGCCCUGGUAAACAGGACAUGGCGGCCCGGGAGGAGAGAGCAGAGUCACCUGGCUGCCUGUCAAUGAAGAGUGAUCACUCAAUGGGUCAGCCAAUCAACUUCCAACGAGGACGUGGCACAAGAGACAAAAGGGAGGGAGCAGAGUCACCUACACCCAGCUGUGUGUCAAUGAGGAGUGACCGCUCAAUGGAUCCACCGAUAAACUACAAGAGAGAGUUUAUUCCCAAUCCCAGGGAGGGAGCAGACUCACCUACACCCAGCUAUCUGUCAAUGACGAGUGACCAGUCAAUGGAUCCAUCUCUAAGGAUGAAGAUUUCAGACAUAACACAACUAUCCAUUGGUGGAGUGCAUGCAACAAUGCCUACAGAACAUCAAGGUAUGAACAGAGCCAGCGACCUCAGAGAAUUCCCACAGAGAAUGGAAGACUGGACUAAGGAGCAUGUGAAAGAGUGGCUAAUUAGUAGCCUCAAACUCCCUGAGGUCGCAACAAAACUUUAUGAACAGGAUGUGUCAGGAGCUAGCCUGGUUUGCAUUGAGAAACAGGACUUGACUUAUUUAGGUGUUAAGUUUGGGCCUGCGAUUCAAAUCAUAAAAAAUGUAGAGCUACUGAGAAACUACUUGGAGAGUGUAGGGAGAAGCAUGAGAUCCCAUGAGAGUGACUCCUUCAGAAGACAGGAAAUAUUUAGAGCCAUACCAGAAGCUAGGAUAGGGUCAAAUGAGGAAACUACGGAUUCUGACAGUGUGAAAUCGGAGUCGGUGGCUCCAAGUCUAAGCUCUUCAUGGACAUCAGUGGAAGAACUGAGACGUUCAGAUUCAGAUGUUGCAUCCCCCAUUCAGCUGCCAAUGGGAGGGUCGGAAUCCAUUCCAGCUUAUGGAAAUAUGGAGGACAAUCCGAGAAAAAGUGAGACUUCCAUCUCAUCAUUUGAAACAGCUCUGAAUCUGGAGAAGAGAAUAUGUCCCCCACGUCCCUUCGACAAAAACGACCCAUCGUUCACAUACAUACAAAAUGAUACCCUCCCGCCUGAAGCCGGUCCAAGCAAUCUCAUUGACCCGGUACAUGAGUACAAGAUCCUGCCAAGCACAGAGGAAGCCAGUGAGAAAGAUAUCCUGGACAAGUUCAGCAAGGAAGUGUUUUGUUUUUCCGCAGCCUGCAUGAACUCUCGCACCAAUGGGACCAUUCAUUUUGGGGUGACAGGCGGGCCCAGACACAUGCAUGGACAGGUGAUUGGGCAAAAACUGCCAUCAUUCAAUAUGUAUACAGACAAGUUUGACUUUCGUCUCAAGGAACACUUUGGAGUAAACACAAACAUCGCAAGAGCAUGCAUCAGGCCUCCAAAAUUCUUUCAGGUUCAACAUCUAGAUGGCACGACUUCAGACAAGUGGGUGAUAGAAGUUGAUGUUGUCCCAAGUUAUUCACAGACUCAAGAGAAGCUUUUCUAUACCUCAAUAAUAUCUGAACAUAGUGGAGAAGAACACAAAACUGAAUGUCUAUUUCUUCGACAAGGCCCAAAGAGUAUCAACGUUCUUGCAGACAAUAAUCCCAGAAGUCUUCAGGAGAAGAUGAGUGGUUUGACAGAGGAAGUCAAAUGUUGGUCAUCAGCACGCAAGUCAAACGAGGAGAGCAACUGUCAGCAGCCCAACCAAAACCACCAAGGUCAGAGGCUAAAACAAUUGAUAACGCAUGGGAGAGACACACUUGAAAACUCAUUGCAAGUUAUAGUUGUCACAAACAAGUGCCACCCCAGUCAACUUGAGCAUUUGGGUUUUUUGAAAGAGAUGAAGUUGUCUGCAGUGCUCGAGUUUGACCCAGAAUCUGACAUGAACGGGACAUGCUGUUUCUACAGAACAGAUCGCAUAGCUAAUCUUCACUACCCUCGAAUGUACAAUACCAAUGACAGUGUCUCCACUGUUAUCGGAAAGCUGAACUUGUUUAAACAGACAAGCUGGAUCUUUUGUAAUGGUAGAGCCAAUGAGGACAGUGAAGCAGACAGACCUUUCACUACCAGUGAUUGGCUGAAGAAACGUGCCGGAGAAAUCAGCGAUAUGGUUUCAUUUCUCUGCGAUCCAGAUGUCUUGACGAAAGACAGAUUACUUGUGGUGUUCAUGCUUCACUCAGGAGUCACUGACAUCUCAAGCCCUAUACUCGAGGCCUUUUGUGCGAUCUAUCGCACUCUUGAGGGUGAGGAUAAUAUGCUCUGCAUAUGCAAAGAUUCAAAUGUGUUCAGUCAAUGGAGAGACAUGAUAAACACUCGCUGCAAAGUGGAUAUCACCAGUAAAUGUAUCUACGAACUGAGUCUGAAUGAAAUUGACUGCACCAUCAGGAAAAUCAAAGAACCCCAGACACGGUCCUCUAGGAGAUAUCUGCCAUCUUCUGGCUCCAGUUCGGUCCUCCUGACACAAAAAGACGAAGAGCUGAUGACCGUACUUGAUAUCCUGAGUGAAAAUGAAUGUGAGAACACUGAAAUUGAAACCAAGGACACUUUUGAGGAAUUCAAGACCAACACGGAGGAGGACUUUUAUAGAGGCGGACAGGUGACUUGGUGGAACUUCUACUUGUCCGAGAGGCCAGGUUGUCUGCCAUUCAUCAAACGUGACAAGUAUGAGGAUCUUCACAACCUGAUCACACCUACAGAGGGGUACACAUCGCCAUGUGUAAUAAUCAACCUCUUCCAUCAUCCAGGUUGUGGUGGAACAACACUGGCCAUGCACGUGUUGUGGAAUUUGAGACGUAAAUUCAGAUGUGCCUUUCUGAAAAACACCAUAGCACAGAACAGUGAGAUCGCAGUCCAAGUCGCACACCUGCUGACCUGUGGCAAAGAGAAGCAGUCGAGUUUUACUCCUGUUCUACUCUUGGUGGACAACUGGGAGGACGUUGAAGACCUACAGAGAUGCAUACUAAGUGCAGCCAAUGAGAAGAAGAAACCUGAGACUCUGAUGGUGAUCAUACUGAACUGUGAGAGAUCACAAAUUCCUGCAGAGAGUUCCAGAAACAGCCGACUUGAUAACGUGUUCAUUGUCAACAAACUCUCCACCAAAGAGCAGAGCUUCUUUGAGGUGAAACUGAAAGAGCUCAAAGGUCACCAUGAAAAACCUGAAACGUUCUACGCCUUCAUGAUCAUGACAAACAAUUUCAGUGAGAAGUACAUCAAGAAUCUGGUGUGCAACACCCUGAAAGACCUUGACACCUCCAGAAAAGAAGGACAGCUAUUUUCACUCUUAGCGUUGCUAAAUACGUAUGUGAACGGCUCCUACAUGUCCCUGUCCCUGUGUGAGGAGUUUGUGGGGAUUAGGAAUGCCCUGUGGGGAAAGGAGACACUUGAGGACAAAAUGAACCCAUACUCCACGCUUCUGAUCCGCUUCAACAUUGAAGAGCACGGCACUUAUCAGGCACCACGGCUGAAGGAGAUGUUCAGUUUUUUUGAGAACUACUUCACAUACCUGAAGCCGAGGUCAAUCGAGAAGGAGACAGCAGAGGACAGAAACAAACGAAAAGUAUCAGAGCACUUCAAGAAGUACAUGCAGAUCUUCUGUUCCUCGGGAGAAGAGAGGGCCUCUGAAAGGGCCAGUAGCAACUGUGUGCGUCUAAUGGUGACAGGGGCAGGAAGUUGUUCCCCUGCUCAGACGAUGCAUGGCUCAACUAAGGUUGAGUGCCACUUUAUCGACUGUGCAGUAGCUGACCUCUGA